GUGUAUAUAUAUAUAUAUAUAUUAAUUUACAGUUACUGAAUAUUUUUGGAAAUGUUGAGAGUUGCAAAACAGGCCAUCUCUGUUGAGCUUUGAAACAUUAAAACAUUAAAUUGGCAGAAUCCAUGUUGAAUCAUAGAUGGUUUGAAAAGACAUGGAGGCAGGUGGAUGGCUGCACAAGUUAUUGCUCCUCUAGUUUAGGAGAAAAUGUUUUGAAGACAAGAGGAUUAUGGGAAUAUAAGGCUAACGCUCUCUCAGGUUGUAAGAUUAAUAACUGGUUUACUGAAGAAGUUCCAUGUCAUUUGUUUCCUGUUUCAGGCUUUGCUCAACCAACUAUUUUCCAAAACAUGGAACCAAAAUAAGCAGAUCUGACCUUAUCCAUGAACCUUCUAAACUCAGAACAAGCCCUAAGGUAUAUAAUCUGUAAAGAAUCACCCUUGCUUUUCCCUAAGACUUAAAUAGCUGUAGUUUGCAACAUCCAAUUUUUUUUACACAGAGUAAAAUGUGAACCAUAAUCCAGAAUUAGAAAAACUUUAAUAUUAUGUUUGGUCUAGAUUUCUUACAACAUGGUAAAAACCCUGCAACUCUCAACUCCCGACAGCAUCAGUUGUCACAUUCUUUCUUAAACGCCACAGAUCGAUCAUCAGUCCAGUUCAAAUCAGAGCCAAAUGUUCUCAUUUCUUUUUUAGUCAAUGGAAGUUAUAUUUUAGUGAACUUGUUUUAAUUCUUUAAGGUUAGAACGCUGUGUGUACGUGUGUGUGAACUAUCAGUCUUAAUACUAUAGUCAGUUGUCUGUACUGUAUUGUUUGACAUUAACAAGUGCCUAAAAAUUCUGCAUGCAAUGACAUCUGGGCAAAUUAUAAAGGUCUAAGAGUUGAAAAAAAGUUCUAUUAAAUCUACUGGUAUUUUCAGAGAUUCCAUGUCGUUGCUGUCAUUAGUUUACUCUUAAACUUUGUUUCCACAUCGGUAAAAAAAAAAAGGACUUCAUCUCAUAUUUGGACCAUAUAUGUCUAGCUAGUCGAUAUUAUGCUUACAUUAAAUUAAACUUUCCACAUACAAUAAAGUCGGUGAAGUGUAGUUGUGUAUGAUCCACAAAACAAUAUGCAAUUAGCCAUCGUUUUUGGAACUAAGCUUAUAGAGUGGAGUGGACAACUUUAUGUCGGGUUAAGUAUCAUUAACAAAUCUGUGUUUAAUAAUCUCCUAAAUGUCAUUUAUUUCUUUUACGUUCCCAUUUUGCCAUGUGAAAAUAUUUACCGUUUCAAUUUUUUUUAUGUUUUUCAUGUGACGUGCUUGUGUCCGACGGUCCACUGAGAAACACUGUACUUGUUACAAUUUCAUUUCUAUAUAUUUUUCUCGUGAAAAUGUACACAAUAUUGGAUAAACAAUAUGGUGUAUACAUAUGGUAUUUUACUAGUUUAACUUUAGCAAAGAAGGCAUUUAAAAAUGUAUUCUCUUCUACUUUGAUAUGAAUGUAAUUUAUAAAAGUGGCUUCAGCUCGGAGCGAUGUUUCUCAGAGGGCCUCCAGCUGAAGCUUUAGCCUAUAAAGAGACUGUGUCUGUGUCGGGUAAAUAUUGUAUGUGUUAGAGCAAAGAGCAGAUUCCAACAUUUAAUCUUUGUCACUGCCUUGUCACCCGUCGUGGAAAACAAAUCUCUGUCAGAGCAACACGGUGUCGUACAGAUCAUAAUAUACAAGACAGAGGAAUGACCACGUUAUUUUCUGGAAGAUGUUCCUUCUGGUAAAAUUGUCUGUUCUGUCAGAUAUUAGAAUUCGCAAAGCACCGUAAGUGAGACUGUUGAUAAAAACACAUAUAUUUAUUUCAAUUUCCUUUGUGAAAACGCAUUUUAACAAAGAGCAUGAUGUAGAAAAAGCUUUAACAACUUUGAUGGUAACCUGAUGUUUUAGCAGCUGUUUGAAACAGUGUUUCUCAAACAAGUAGUCUUCACCAAAAGUGGGUUGUAAGGCUACAUUUGUCGGGUUUCAGAGAUUAAUUUUAUGCACAGCAUGGCCAACAUUUAGCACAGAGUUUAAAUAUAAGAAAAUAUUUUAAUGAAAUUAUAUUGUGUUAGCCUGGACUGAUGUUUCAGGCUGAGUUGCAGCCUGAAACAUCAACAGGGGGUGCUAAUAUGCACAUUAGAACCCAUGUUUUUUCAGUUGUCUAUGCUGGUACAACAUUAUUAAUUUAUAUCAAUUUAAUUGCAUAAGGCAUAAAAACAGAACUUUGCAGGGUAUUUUAGUGCUGAGCACACAGUGGUCCAUGGAGCCGUACACUAACAAUGGCUGGUAUAAUAUUAGAAAUCUCAUUGUAUCUUGAUGUCCAAACCUAAAAUUUGAAAGUGUUGCAACACGGUUGCACCUCAGAUGACCGUAAAAAUAAAAUAUUUUGCAACAAAACAAAACCUGUAACACUAAAAUGAUUGCAACGUGCUAGCUUACUGUUCUUACGAUAACAUUUUGUCACAAUUUAUAAUGUAUCCCAAGUCCAAACAUUUGAGAAGCACUGGUUCAACGUGCCCCACGUGAAGACUUUCAGAGUUUAGAUCACGAUGAGAAAGGAGUUUCCUCAUAUACUGUACCUGAAAAUAAUAGAAAUAUUGUUAUGAUUGUUUGUGACAUGUUGUGACAAAUGUUUGAAUAUGUCAUGUGCGCCCCUGUUCAUGGAGAUUGUGUCAAUGGCCCUGUCAAAAAAAAAACAAAAAACAAAAACCUAGUGGACAAUAAGAAUGUUUGGUCAGACUGAUGGAAACAUUUGUAUUAAACACAUUUUUCAACAGUCUGAUCUAAUGAUAAAACAUACUUUAGAAAACAUAUGCCUUAUAUCAAUAUAUUUCUACAGUUUUGCAUCUGUUCAGUACACUUUAUUGAAUUGUGUCGUGUAAAAAAAAUCGUUAUGUGAAAUAGUUGCCACAUACUUCUUUUUUCCAACUAAGGCCAAAAUGACAGAUUGUAUAACGGACCCAAAAUCUACCCUGAGAGGCUUGAAGCUAAAGAAAAGACUGACUAUCUACUAUUGGUUGUGUUGAAAUUUUCCAGAUUGUGGUGAAACUGUGCUGUUUCAUUGACCUCUGGCCUAAACAUGGACUCGCACUCACACUGAUUUAAUUUGUGCAUAUUUUAACAUUUCAUGUUGGUAGUUUUUAGUUCCAGUUAAUUCAACAUUGUGCAAAAUGUAAUAUUGCAAAUAAAUGUCAAGUACAUUCUACACUGUGGGCUGGGAUGUUUGAUUUUUUAAUCAAAAAUAUACAUAUAUUAAAACAUGGUUACAGAAAUGCACAAAAAAGGUUUUAACAGGCCACCCUGUCCAUGUGGGCUCCACAUGGGUUUACUUGGGUUAUACAGGUACAAAGUGGCCCAUUUGAACAAAGUCACAUAGGGUCAUUCACUUCUACUGCUGCCACAUCCUUGGUUGCAACUAAAAUUAAAUCUCUAAAUUUUCCAGACGGAAAACAAAUCCAGGUUUUUGUUAUCAAUUAAUAAUCUUCCAGGUUGGAGUUGUCAAAGUCACCUUUCUGAGAGACAUCAAUUUUUCAAUAUGAUAACUCCUCUGUGAUUCAUUAUUUGGAGUAAUUCUUGUUAAAAUACAGAAAUAUAAUUUAUUUGACCCAGAAGUCUGCACAAAGAACAAUUUCCAAACAAGGAUCUAUUUUGUUGAAGGAUGGAUGGAUGGAUGCAUUGAAUCUUACUAUUUUAAGAUUAAUGUAUUUCAACAAAACAGUACCAGAUCCAGAGAAUGACCCCAAGUUGUGCCUCUGACCUCUGUGGACAGGAGUAUCUCUGCUAACGUGACAGGAAUUAUACCAAAGGAGCAUGUACAACUAGUUCAUGUUGCAUUGCAUUUUAAUCAAUAUUUUGAUCAUGCGAUGCAAUGCCCUGUGUAGAGGUCAGCUCCUAUGGUUUUUCUGUGUAACUACCUACCACUUCUGUGUCUGUGUGGUAGCAACAGGAACAACUUCUUCUCCAGACAGCAAACAAACAGAGCGUCUGCAUCAUGAAUAAUUGAUCUUCUAGCUUAUCUCAUAAACGAAUUUGGACAGCGGCAACAAAAUGCAGCGUUACCAUAGCAACAACAUCCUCCUCCUGCAUCCUCGAUCCGCCUCUGUGAUUGGUCAACAGCUCUUUGGGUGUCACUGGGGCAACAGAAUGAUGGGAAUUUUAACACAUGAGCGGAAAAGCUAGGAGCUGGGUGCAGGCUGAGCAGUGAGCACAGAGCAGAAGGCAGCUAUUGGACGAUUCACACAUCCGUCUGAGGCAGAGAGGCAGGGCUGCCUUUUUCCCCUUUCAAUCUUAUUUAUUUAUUUUUGCCUCAGUACGGGAGCCGAGUGGGGGCCGGCUGGGUAUUCAGCGGCCGUGGGUCUCCACCCGAGAGUAUGGCGGCAGCUGCAGCUGCACUGGAGAGCGGGGGAGAGACGGAGACAUGGUGAAGGAGAAACAAAGAAUAGCCAAGUUCCUCCACACAGUGUCUGCAUCCUCUUUGGUUUGGGCUGUGUUCACGCGGCGGGCCUCCUGCUCCUCCAAACACCGGCGGCUGCACCUCCUUCAGCAGCUCUAACCUCAGCCUUUUCACCGCCAGUGUCCUCGAUGGAGGAGCAAGUUUGGGUUUUUUUGUUUUUUUCUUUUUACCUCCGAAUCUCAGUGAGGACUGGACCAAGCAAAUGAAAAACCUCAACAUCGGGUCCAGUCUUCUCCUCCUCCUCCCUGUGCGCCUCAUUUCGGGACAUUUGCUCCUCCGCUGCCCCUGUAGCUGUCAGAUCUCUGUGGCCUGCAUGGGGUAAAUUUCUACAAUGAAAUCCAUCUUGGGGCAGGGAGUCUUUGUCCUCUGCCAUAGCUGUAGCUGAGCAGCAGCAGCCGCGGCGGCGGUGAGCAGGGGAGAGACCCCGUUAUCGUCGACUUCCACAAAACAUCCAGAAUAUGGGAAGUGAAUGGUGACUGCACUUGGAUGAGUUUGUUUCAAUGACGCGCAGAGAUUUGGAACCGUAACGACUUUGAUCGCGGGGGAUAACGAAUCCACGAUGCGCGAGUAUAAAGUGGUGGUCCUGGGCAGCGGAGGGGUCGGGAAAUCCGCCCUCACUGUGCAGUUCGUCACCGGGACGUUCAUUGAAAAGUAUGACCCCACCAUAGAGGAUUUUUACCGCAAGGAAAUCGAGGUGGACUCGUCGCCCUCGGUGCUGGAGAUCUUGGACACCGCCGGCACCGAGCAGUUCGCCUCCAUGCGGGACCUUUACAUCAAGAACGGUCAAGGUUUCAUACUGGUCUACAGCCUGGUCAACCAGCAGAGCUUCCAGGACAUAAAGCCGAUGAGGGACCAGAUCAUCAGAGUGAAAAGGUAUGAGAAGGUUCCCGUGAUCCUGGUGGGGAACAAGGUGGACCUGGAAAGCGAGAGGGAGGUAUCUGCUAACGAAGGCCAGGCUCUGGCCGAGGAGUGGGGCUGCCCAUUCAUGGAGACUUCAGCAAAGAGCAAAACAAUGGUAGACGAACUGUUCGCCGAAAUCGUUCGGCAGAUGGACUACGCUGCCCAGCCGGAUAAGGAUGACCCCUGCUGUUCAUCUUGCAAUAUACAAUAACCCCCCUGACCCCUCGACCCUUAUAAGGCCUCCAGGAUCAGGGUCAGGAGAAAGUCCUCGAUGACCUGCAGCAGAGACUCCCACACGCACACACAUGCACAUGGAAACUAAACCGUAGAUCAAUUCAUGGUUGAACGCAAUGGAUGUUAUCUCUAUGGAUCAUUAUUAUAAAUCAGCAGUGACAUGAUUAAUAGUAGUGACAGUGGUUAAUAAAUACAUUUUAAAUGAGGACUGACACAGAGUUUCUGCGGGAGAAAUUUGACAAAUGACUAAAGUGAUCAUGCCUUCGCCUUAUAUUGAGAUCAUUUUAUUUGUUUGAUUUUUUUUAUUCACAUUUCCCUCACUAAACACAAGCUGUUUUUUUUCUGAAUUUGUUUUUUAUUCCUAACAGCCAGAUUAUUUUCUUGUUACCACUAAAUAAUCACUUCAUUUGAACUCAAUGACAGCUCUGGAUCCAUUUAUUACAAACAUGGAGAAAGACUGGAGUUGCAUUUACUCAUCACAGGUCUAAACCAAAGAGGUGACCGUAAAGCGCCUCCGUUUUUUUUCUCCAUAUUUUUAAAUAUAAAAAUAUAUUUUAUUUCCCAGCACUUAAAAAACAGGAAUGGAGAGAAAAUGGUAAAUAAGUCAGAGUUAAUAUGCAGUUAAUGCAUCUCAUAUCAUGUGAUGUUUUUUUUCUUUCUGACAGCAGAUUGUAACGCAGCAGAAUCCUAUACUUCUUCGUCCUGGGGUAAAGAGUUCAUCUUUUUAGUGUUUCAUUAGUCCUGAAGAUGAUUUGACAUCGUCUGCCAUUCUUCUCAGUUCUCUCCUCCCUCCUCAGUAAUGUUUGGGAUAAUCAGGAGUUGUUCCAACACCUUGGUCCCACUCCUCAUGUUGCUCAGAGUAUUCAUCAUCAAAUAUAUAGUUAGAAAAAUAAUAAUAAUGAGGUAUAAUGAAUGAUUCUAAUGAAGAUUAACAAAUGGUAUUGUAAAUAUUUUCUAUUGAAAGUGCCAGCUCUUGUGAAGACAUUGACUCAACAUGUGGAAUUGUCAACUGUAUGCAUGGCUAGAAAACAAACAACAAGAGGAGUCUUUAUUGUCUGAAUUUAAUAUAGGCUGUGGAAAUGUGCAAACCAAACACACACACACACACACGUUUGGAUUUGGACUUUGUCUCAAAUGUAGAACGUCAUUGUUGCCACGGGAGCCAGACGUUUGCCCCUGUGACCAUUUUCAUUGUUGAUUUUUCUAUUUUUUUAAUGUGACCAUUUACUCUUUAUUCCCUCUCUGAAUGGUGACACCGUACAUUUGACGCCUGAACAAUAAAAGUGCGUUCAACACUCAGC